AUGGUUCGGACCCCAUCCCCAGCAGGUCAGCCUGCGUUUGCCACGGAACGGACGCUGCCUGCCCGCCCGCCGGUCCGCGGCAGCUGCGAGGCGCUGUGGGGCAGCCCCAUGGCCGACUCGCUGCUCAACCACUCGUGGCCCUCCUUCUCGCGCCGCUGGAUGAAGCGCUGGUCCUUCAAGCGAGGGUCCGAGUGCAAGCCGGCUGCGCGAGGAGUCACCAGCAGCGCCGGCGCCGUCCCUGCCUCCGGCUUCAGCAGCCCAGAGGCCCUGUCGCCUUCCUUGGUCGCGGAGGAUGAAGUCUUCUUUGGCAGCAUGGCGGAGGAAAGGGAGGACACCUCUUCUCCGGAAGCAGAGCCGGGCCUGGCCAACAUGCACAGCAGCACGGAGGACCUCCUCUCCCUGGACUCUGCCCUCCAGGGCUCGGAGUAUUACAAGGAUCUCGGACUCGCGGGGCCCAUGGAGGCUGGCGGAGGGGCCCCUGCUCUGGCGCUGCCGCCAGAACGGCCAUCGCCCGUGGCGCCCGGCUUUUGGCCACUGACGGAGAGGCCCGGGGUCUGGGCAGAGACGCUGCCCGGCCUCGCCGGCCCCACUCCGGCCCCGGGGAAGGCUCGCCACUACCUGGACGAGGACUGCGCUUGCUCGUGCGGCUCUGGGCACCAGCGGGGCCUCGCCCGAGGGGCCCCGGAGUCGCAGGAGGGGGAGGAACCUUUUCCGGCACCUGCCGGAUCUCUGCCUGCCUCGCAAAGGCCCAGCUGGGGAAGUCCCUCGCCUCCCAUGGAGGACCCGGGCAGGUUAAGCGUGGAUACCUCGGAGGCAGGGAGGGAGGACAAGGCGAGAAGCCAGCUGCAUACGUCCCUGCAGUUGCCCUGUGCCGGGCUGGCUACUUGGACAGGCGGCUCGGUGAUCCAAGUGGAGGUGGAGCCCUUGUGCCUGGACCUCGGCUUCCGGCUGGAGCCUGGCGACGUGGAUUUUGGCAGCAGCGGGAAGCGGCUGAGGGCCACGUCUGCCCCACCUCCCUGUGGCAGCGUCCCCACUCUUCAAAUCUGCCCAAGCCCAGAGCCCUCCCUCUCGGUCACUCUAGAGUUUGUGCCGCCCCCUGCGCUGGAGAAAAUCGAAAAGGAGCUCAUGGCCCCCGAACAAGCGCUGAUAGUUCAGCAAGUGCUGGCAGAACUAAAGCAACACCACAGGAAUGAGGAGGCUGCUGGGAAGACUGACAAAGGUGAGAGGACCACCAAGGUGAAGAGACGCCUCAGCAACUUGCGCAGCCGCGUCACUGGCUCUUGGCAGAAGGAGAAGGGUAAGGACAAAGACUGUGAGCAGGAGGCAAAGGAGGAGUGGCAGGGGAAGUCUCGCUUGCGCUGCCCUGACGACGGCAAAGAAGCAGCGACAUCCCGCGAGAGCACGUACUCUCGCGAGGAGAGAAGGGGCCCGUGGGAGGGCGCUGUCGUCGCCGGACUCUCGCGAGGCCUUGUGUGUGGGCGGGGCCUCCGCGGCGCCGAUUCGUCCCCCUCCCCGCCGGAGAUCUCGCGGUGUUUGCGCCCUCGCGCCUCAGAGCUCAGGCGGGUGGGAGAAGCUUCCCUGAGGAUGAGUGUCAACAGACAUUCCCUGGGAACAGAGUCCUCGCCCCUGUUGGCCGGUUCAGCCUGUUCGCUGCAAGGACACAGCGUGCAGAAGCCCGGGCAUUCGCUCGGCUCCGUCUUGUGUGAAUUACACUGCUCUGCAAACGUCCCCAGGACCGGCAGAAGCCUUCUGGCUGAAUGCAGCAGCGCCAGGCCCCAGCAAAAGGAUUUGCAGCUCCAGCCCCCAGGCUCCCCCCAGAGUUGGCACCAGAGCGCCUCUCCAGUCCCCUCUCUCAAGGAGCAUCCUCGAAGCGCCCUCCUGGGCUCGGAUGGCACCCCUGGCCUGCCCUGGAGUCUCGGCAUGACCGUUGUGCCAAGGGGGAGCUCACCAACUCCACCGAGCACUGCUGUCGGGAAGACGGGACUAAUUGGUGGAGAGAUGGAUGAGGCGGAUUCUGGGCUCCUGAGAUUCAAGCCGCCCUCUGAGGAUGGGGUCUCCCUGGCCCCUUCAACGGCAGACUCUGUGCUUGUGGAAGAUGCUUACUUGGCCUCCUUGCGGCAUGAGCUGGAGACGGACGCCCGAGAGUUUGAGGCCCAGUCGUGGAGCCUGGCGGUUGAGCAGCCGUACGCCAGGCAGCAGGAGCGGGAGAUCCUCAAGCGGCAGGACGUCAUCUAUGAACUGAUGCAGACGGAAAUGCACCAUGUCCGGACCCUCAAGAUCAUGCUGAAGGUCUACUUGCGAGCCAUGAGGGAGGAGCUGCAGCUCAGCAAUGCCGUCCUCCACCGCCUCUUCCCCUGCGUGGAGGAGCUGCUGGACCUCCACUGGGCGUUCCUUUCCCAGCUGAAGGAGCGCCGGAAGGAGGCCCUGGAAGAAGGCAGCGAGCGAAACUACGUCAUCCAGAGGAUCGGGGACCUCUUGGUGCAGCAGUUUUCAGGGGAGACGGGGGAACGGAUGAGGGAGAAGUACGGGGUCUUCUGCAGCAGCCACGGCGAGGCUGUGAUCUACUACAAAGAGCUGAUGCAGCAAAGCAAGAAAUUCCAGAACUUGAUCAAGAAAAUCAGCAAUUCUUCCAUUGUCAGGAGACUUGGGAUCCAGGAAUGUCACCUCCUUGUCACGCAGCGCAUCAUGAAGUACCCAGUCUUGGUCGAGCGCAUCAUUCACAACACCGAAGCUGGCACCGAAGAGUACGAGGCCCUGACCCAGGCGCUGCAGCUGAUCAAGGAGGCCAUCACUGCUGUCGACGCCAAAGUGAAUGAGUGCGAGAAAGCGCAGCGCCUCCGGGAGCUGGUGGCCAGGAUGGAGCUCAAAUCUUCGGGGAAGUUCCGAAAUGGACUGGUCUUCCGGAAGGAGGACAUGCUCCAGCGGCACCUCCUGAGCGAUGGGGUGCUGUCCUGGAAAGCGGCCUCGGGGCGCCUGAAAGAGGUUCUGGCCGUUCUGCUGACAGACGUGCUUCUGCUGCUACAAGAGAAGGACCAGAAGUACACCUUUGCAUCUGUGGAUUCCAAGCCGCCAGUGAUCUCCUUGCAGAAGCUGAUAGUUCGCGAAGUGGCCAACGAGGAGAAGGCCAUGUUCUUGAUAAGUGCCUCCAUGAAAGGACCCGAGAUGUACGAAAUCCACACCAGCUCCAAGGAGGACCGGAAUUUCUGGAUGGCACAGAUCCGCCGGGCGGUGGAGAACUGCCCUGAUGAGGAAGAAAGGAUACCUGCUGAUCCCGAGGAGGAGAGGAAGCAAGCCGAAGCAAGGGCAGCUAAGCUGAAGGAAUUCCACGACCGCCUGCGGGUGAAAGACGACCUGAUAGUGCAGAGCCUGAACGAGAAGCAGCAGAUCUACUCGGAGAUGGCGGAGAUGAACGGCUUUGAGGAGGCGCCCCUGGCGCCCCGGCCCUGGCUCAUCUGCCGGACGGAGUCUCCCGAGGAGCUGCAGGGGGAGGCCCUCGUCAAGCAGGCAGUGACUGAAGCGGAGAGCAUCCAGAACUUGAUCUUCACCCAGCUGAGGAGUGCAGCCUCUCACCCAGAGGAAGGCUGUGGGUCGGGGGCACUGAGGCGAGCGGAGACCUUCGGGGGCUACGACAGUGCCACGGCUGGUCUGGCCAAAACUGGCAGCUUCAAGAAGAAGGUGUGUAGUGGAGACCAGUGGUUGCGGGAGCGCCGAGGCCUCCUGGCCAACCCGGAUGUGCCACUGCAGGAGCUUCCUUCCGCCGUCAACGAAGGGCCCGAACAAGUGAAGCUGCCUUAUGUGGAGUGGGACCCCCGGCCUCAGCUGGCCGUGGAGUCCGAGCUCGUUCAAAGGAUACAGGUGCUCUUGCGGUUGCUUCUCAGCCUACAGGCGGUGAUGGCACAACAAGACAGCUACGUGGAAAUGCAGCAGAGCAGCCUCCUGGACCGCGAGAAGCAGUUCCGCCUGCAGUCGACGCGGGGCAGCCUGCUGCUGGAACAGGAGCGGCAGCGCAACUUCGAGAAGCAGCGGGAGGAGCUGGCCAACGUGCAGAAGCUGCAGAGCCAGCUGAAGGCUGAGCAGCAGCGCUGGGAGCGGGAGCGCGACCGCCAGCGGCGCGAGAUGGAGGCGGCCGAGGCCCAGGGGCAGGAGCGCGAGGAGGCCACACGGCAGCUGCAGGCCCGCCUGGGCCAGGAGAGGGAGGAGCUGGAGCGGCAGCGGGAGGCCUACCAGCAUGACCUGGCCCGCCUGCGGGAGGCCCAGCGGGCCGUUGAGAAGGAGCGCGAGCGCCUGGAGCAGUUGCGGAAGCUGAAGAAGCAGACGCCGCCACCGGGGCCGGGCCCCUCCUCUCCCGACAUGGGCUCCGGUCACGCCCUGACCCAUUCGGUCAGCUUCAACGGGGAAGGGCUGGAAGGAAGCGUGCCCCCUGGGAAGCCCUGUGGGCGGGCCAGCGUCUCUGGGGCGGACUACCUGGAGCGGACAGAGCUGGCCCGGCGUGACAGUGCCGCGGCGGAGGGGCGCCCCAUGCUGCCCCUCAAGAACGAGGUGCCGAUCCAUCUCUUGAGCGCUACCAACCAGAUCCAGAAGCAGGCGGCUGUGCAGCAGCAGAUCCCCACCAAGCUGGCAGCCUUCACCAAGGGCAGCAAAGAGAGAGGCAGCCGGCCGGGCAAGGCCUCCCAGCGGGCCGACAGCUCGGCAUCAGUCGACCUGAGGCAGCUGCUCACCCCACGGCUGGCUGGGAGGGAGGAGUCCGUGUCCCGCAGCAGACAGUCAGCCAGCCCGGUCUUUCUCCACAGCCAGAACGCAGCCUUCCCACCAGACCCGCCUGGCUCCGCAGAGAGUCACCCGGAAGCGCUGCUGCUCCUCCCCCCGACCGGCCUUUCCAAGCCCAACAGCACCCACGCCCUUCCGCCCACCCAGGAUGAUGCCUCCACCGCCGCUAGCGAGGACAUUAUCUUCUUCUAA